UAUGACUUAUGAAACAUGUGAUUUCCAAUAUGGUUCCAAUUCUCCUGAAACAUAAGCGAUUAUAAAGCAAACGGUACUAAUCCAUUGUAGCAGUUUGGUGUCAGAACUGGAGUAGAAGUCAUGGAGUGUGACCUGCAUAUUUCCAAUCCAGGGAUACUGGAUACUCUGAAUAUACCUUAUGAGAGGUCUUUUCCUACACCUUAUGCAAAUUCCCCACUUCUGCCAUUACUUAUUCUUUCUCUACUGAGGCAGCGUGUCGCCCCAAAAUUAUCACCAACUAUCCGAAGCGAGUAUGACUACAUUGUUGUGGGGUCCGGUGCUGGAGGUUCAACAGUGGCUGGUCGUCUAUCUGAAGUACCAAGCGUGAGCGUUCUGGUGGUGGAGGCUGGGUCAACUCCACCUGUUCUCUUCAAUAUACCGGGUAUCUGUAGAAGUUUCUCUGGCUCUGAAUUGGAUUGGAAGUAUCGGACUGUACCUCAGAAGCAUGCAGCCAGAGCUAGUGUUGACAGGGAAAUGUUUUGGCCAAGUGGUAAAACGCUUGGAGGAAGUAGUGUCAUCAGUGGCGGAAUCUAUGAAAGAAGUAAUUAUAAGAUUUACGAUGAGUGGGCAGCUCAAGGUGCAACAGGUUGGAGUGCUCGGGAAGUGUUUCCAUAUCUUCUGAAACUUGAAGAUAACCGGGAUCCCGAUUUCGUUGCAAACGGUUAUCAUGCUACUGGUGGUCCUGUAACUGCUGAAAGACCAGGAUAUGUAUCAGAAUUAAAAGGGCCAAUUUUAGAAGCUGCAAGCCAGUUUGGUUUACAUCCUAUUGAUACUAAUGCAGCUCAACAAACAGGUCUUAGUGAUUACCAAGGCAACUUCAAAGAUGGUCAGAAAUGUAAUACUGCAGAGGUUUAUCUGGUUCCAGCAGAAAACCGCACAAACUUGGAUAUUUUGGCUAAUGCUCACGUUACUAAGAUUCUAAUGAAUGGUCCCCAAGCUGUUGGAAUACAGGUUGACUAUGGUGGCUCUUCGUACACGAUCAGGGCUAAGCGUGAAGUCAUCGUGUCUGCUGGUACUGUCAACACUCCGAAACUCUUGAUGCUCUCUGGAAUUGGGCCUAAGGAACAUCUGCAGAGCUUAAAGAUUCCCGUCGUUGCAGACUUACCUGUGGGAAACAAUUUUCAGGAUCACAGUGCUACAAUACAUCCUUACCUGCUGGAUCCUUCUUACCAAACGGCUGAGCAAAAACUCACUAAUCUCGUAUAUAUUGAGGAAUACUUAACUAACAGAACAGGUCCCUUGUCUUCUAUCCAGUUUUAUUCAAGUAUAGCGUUCUUACCCACAGUCAAUGAUGAUCCAUCCGAGGAUUUGCCAAGUCAGCAGCUUAUAAUAUCGGAAUUCUCUUUCUCUAACAAGGGGCAGUUAAACCUAGAUCCAGAAGUUUAUGAGAAAUACUUUACGCCAUACGAGGGUCAACCAACAUUCAUAUGUAUCUCCACUGCUAUCCGACCUAGAAGUCGUGGUACUGUUCGAUUGAAUUCAACUAACCCUUAUGACAUGCCUCUCAUUGACCCCAACUAUCUCGCAGAUCCCAAAGAUGUCGAAGAUAUUGCUGACGGUUUGAAGGAUUGCCACAUAAUAGCGACUAGCGAACCUAUGAAAAGACUAGGAGCCAAGCCAUUCGACACCAAAUUUCCUGGAUGUGAACAAUUUCCACAGAAUGAGUACAGCUACUUUAAAUGCUUAGCGAAGUCUUUAAAUUUUGCAUUCCCCCACGGUGUCGGAACCUCUAAAAUGGGAGAUCCAAAUGAUCCCACAACAGUUGUGGAUCCUCAGUUAAGGGUUAAAGGAGUUAAAGGAUUGAGAGUGGUGGAUGCGUCCGUCAUGCCCAUCGUACCAAACGCAAAUCCUUACGUUACAGUUGUUAUGAUUGCUGAAAAGGCUGCAGAUAUGAUCAAAGAAACAAUAGAUUGUCCAACCUGCUCAGUGGAUUUUUAAAUCUCGUAAUUUUGAAUGACUUGAUGUCUUUCAGGCAGACAAUCAAUGACAAUGAAUUUACAACUCUUUUUAAAUAUGUUAAUUUAUUCAAUGUUAUUUAAAUAAAGGAUUGUAGUUUAUUUUCUU